AAUAGUGUUGGAACUGUCGCAGAUUGACAGUCGCAGAUUGUGGCUUUGCAAGCACUCGCUGAGAACGUACUGGAGGUGAGUCAGUAUUCCCCAUUUUUUGGGCAUCUCGAGUUCUCUGUGGGUUUUAGUUCUCCCCACCGCAAGGUCGGAUUCUACUCUUUCGGCACCGUUGCAGUGCCGCUCUGCUUCUAAAUAACUGCAACCUACUAGUCACCCACCAACACUUCACUGCGUCUCUGGGCGACCAGCGGUGUGUUUAUGUCUUUGUUUUACGAAAACGGUGAGUACCCGGACGACAGGAGCGACGGAUGGGACAGAGCUGUUGCGCAGCUGUUGGAACCUGUGUGGGGGAAACUUAGCCUACAAGCACGGAGCUUGCAGCCUCAGUGGCAAGACCUUUUUCAUGUCCGAGCCCGACUCCUCUUGCAGUUGUUUAUGUCAUCCCCUCUUGGCCAGACAGAGGAUACCAAAAAUUGUCAGUCCAAAAUCUUCCUGUCGUACUGAUAGAGUCCACAGUGUGCCAACAUGUCUGUCAACGUCAAUCGUAGCGUGUCGGACCAGUUCUACCGCUACAAGAUGCCCCGUCUGAUCGCAAAGGUGGAAGGCAAGGGGAAUGGAAUUAAGACUGUCAUAGUGAACAUGACGGAUGUGGCCAAGGCCCUAAAUAGGCCUCCCACCUAUCCCACCAAAUUUUUUGGUUGUGAGUUGGGUGCCCAGACCCAGUUUGAUGCCAAGAACGACCGCUACAUUGUCAACGGCUCUCACGAGGCAAACAAACUGCAGGACAUGCUGGAUGGAUUCAUCCGGAAGUUUGUGCUGUGCCCCGAGUGCGAUAAUCCUGAAACAGACCUGCACAUCAACCCCAGGAAACAAACCAUCGGGAACUCCUGCAAGGCCUGUGGAUACCGGGGCAUGCUUGACACUCGACACAAGCUCUGCACCUUCAUCCUCAGGAACCCUCCAGAGGACAGCGGGUCUGCCAAGAAGGAGAAGGAGAAGAAGAACAGGAAGAAGGACAAGGAGAACGGCUCCAGUGGGAGCGAAGCCGGGAACCACAACGACAUAGACGCCCCCGAUGCUGUGGACCGGGAUGACGAGGACGAGGACUGGGCAGAGGAGACGACCGAGGAGGCGCAGCGGCGGCGCAUGGAGGAGAUCAGCGAGCACGCCAAGAACCUGACCCUCAGCAAGGACCUGGAGAAGCCCCUGGAGGAGAGGGUCAACCUGUUCUACAGCUUCGUCAAGCUAAAGAAGGAGGAGGGCACCGUCGACACCUCGGACAAGGAGAUCCUGGCGGAGGCGGAGCGUCUGGACGUGAAGGCCAUGGCGCCGCUCAUCCUCAGCGAGCUGCUCUUUGACGAGAACAUCCGCGACCAGAUCAAGAAGUACAAGCGCCACUUCCUGCGGUUUUGCCACAACAACAAGAAGGCCCAGAAGUACCUGCUGGGGGGUUUCGAGUGUCUGGUGAAGCUGUACCAGGCCCAGCUGCUGGGCCGUGUGCCCCUGGUCCUCAAGGACCUGUACGACGCCGACCUGCUGGAGGAAGACGUCAUCCUGGCCUGGGCCGACAAGGUUUCCAAGAAGUACGUGUCCAAAGAGCUGGCCAAAGAGAUCCACGCCAAGGCAGCUCCCUUCGUGAAGUGGCUGAGGGAGGCGGAGGAGGAGAGCGAGGGGAGCGGGGAGGAUGAGGAGGAGGACAAAGACAACGUGGAGGUGGUAUAUUCCCCGACCGCCCGCGAGCUGAAAGUGGAGACGGUGAAAAGGCCCACCCCCGACAAGGAAGAGGACGACAUUGACAUCGAUGCCAUCUAAGAAAACCGACCUUGUUUUCCACCUAAAUCCCCAAACCCUGUUCUUACCUAUUCCCCAAGUUCUCUAUUGAUGACCCCCAACCACCCCCCCCCCCCCCCCCCCUGACCAACAACAAAAUAUCAGCAUGCCUUGGGUCAGUCUUGACCCUCAACUCCUUUCCAAUGCUGCUUUUGCUAUUUGGCUAACCUUCCGGCUCCGAGGUGCAUUGUUAACUUUGCAUCAGUAUAUCUAGCCUGCUGGUUAGAGUGGUGAGAAAUUGCUGUUGUAUUCUGUAUAAUCGUUGGAGUCUUUUUAGGUAGACAGAGCUAUAAAUGCACACGCAUUGUAUUUUUCCUCUUGUACUUUUUCUUCUAUCCAAUCAAUUAAAGAAUGUUUAACACUGAA